AUGCGGAUUAGUGAACUUUCUACAGAUGUUCAAACUUCACUACUACCAGCACCGAGUCGCGAGGAUGGACGCUCCGGGGGACUUUCGCAGAUCCAGACCCCUUCCACAUCCACGACGACACAACAUGAACCGACCACCUCUCCUCUCAUCAAUAAUGAGGAUGCCAGUCCCAGAGCAGUCUGCGAAAGGCUCCGUCGGACUCUCCCGGACUUUGAUGCACUAUUGACUACGUUCAGAAUCAAGGGAUUCUGGUGGAAUAGCUUCCGUCAAAAGACACGUGCUAUCAGUCGCUCGCCAGUAGAAGACCUAAUCUCAUUUGCGACCAAGAACUACACGAGCCAAAAGCCCGCGGAGAUAGGCCUCCUCGUAGUAGCCUACGCGCGAUGCCUUAACAAUGGCGGGGAUCUCUAUGCCUUAGUAGAAAGGUUGGUAAUUUCCAACUUCGCCUACUUCGCUACGGUGGAAGGCAUGGAGUGCUUGGUCCUGCUGGCGAAGUCUUAUACCGACAUUGGCCAGCCGCGCCGCGCUUGGCUUACUUGGCGGCGGGGGUUGACGGUGGCCCAGCUUUUGGGGUACUAUUACGAAAAUAACGAUGAGACCAUCCAGAGGGUCUGGUGGAGCAUAUACCAUGGCGACCGCUUUACCAGUCUACUCCUUGGGCUUCCGCAUGGCUUCAGUGAUACCUACUAUGAAGCACUGUUAGGCGGUUCGGCUGAAAAUUCGAUGCCGGCAGAACAUUAUUUCACGCUUCGCUGUGCGAUGCUCGCUGGGAAGAUUAUACAGCGUAAUAUUGUCCCGAGAGAGAAAUCCUUCGCCCAGAGCCUCAUGAUUGACGAGGAGAUGGAGGAGAUUGCGUCUUCUCUUCCCGAGGAGUGGUGGCGCAUACCCUCCACCCUACCUCAGUCGCCGAGCGAACUCGAUAGCUUAAGAGAACGGAUUCUCCAACAAUUCUACUACUUUCAUGUCAGAAGCUAUCUCCACCUCCCCUUCAUCGCGUCAUCUGGGCCAUCUUCAAACAAGAGCGCUGUGUCCCAGGGCAUCGCCAUGACUUCAGCCCGUGCGAUGCUUGAGCGGUUCCUCCUCCUACGGACGGAGAUUGCUCCCGGGGCUCCCCUGUUCGAGUGCAAGACAAGCGACUUUGUGGGGCUAACGGCAGCGGUGAUCCUGGCGCUUUGUCUCUUUGGUAAUGGCGCUCUCACUGACCCCUUAAGGUACGACAGUGAUUGGAAUCUAAUCUCCGCCACAAACGCAAGUUUCAAGCGGGAGGUUCAAUCUAGCGGGUGUAACAUGGCGGCUCAAUGCUGCCAAACGCUCAAGGCGCUCUUGCAUUCCCAAUACCCUCAGUCUGAUGGGUGUCAGUUGAAGGAUAUUUUUAUUCCAUAUUUCGGGCGGAUCACUAGGAGGGCGGAUGGUCCCACCAAUACGCCCGCUGUGGAUGAGAGCCGUUCCCACAACAUAUCUCUUGGACCGGUGCUGCAAACCACUCCAAAUCAGACAUCAAUAGAACCUACGGAGGAAUCAACUGCCGGCCUAAGGAGUACCGCCGCCUCCUUUGAAUACGCUGGCUACGAUGUGCCCAAUAUAUUGUCAGCAGCCAGUCUGAAUUUCAAUGAGGCGGUAGAGAAUGAUAUGGUUGGCUCCUGGUCUGAUUUCUUCUUGGAUCUUAAUCAAGAUUGGGAUAUGUUUACGAGUUACGAUUAUUGA